AUGCAAAUCGUUCAGUUCUCUCUCUUUGCCGCAGCCAUGGCUGCUUCCGUCAACAGCGCCAAUGUUGAACAGCGCGAUAUCGAUGAAUGCACCUCUGCAGCCAACGAACUGGUCGAAGUCAUGAGCGACAUGCCAACAGCAGACAAGACCCUUGCAAGCUUCAUCGCCCAGCAGACUGGCUUCGAGGAUGUCGCCGACUCUUGUGUUAUUCCUGCAGUCACUGGAUCCAUGGCCGCUGCCUAUACCGCCUACGCCAAGUCCAUGGAGAGCUGGGUUUCUGAGAUGAAGGAUGAUCUUUCCAGCGUUUAUGACGCUUGCAAGGAUGUCCCCAAAGUCCAGGAGCAGCUUGAUUCCUACAAAGUUCCUAUCAGCGGAAUGUGCUCUUCUUAUGCUUGGGCUACUGCUUCCGCCACCGAGAUCGCUACUGCUACUGCCAAGGCCACUGACUCCGCCGCUGAUUUGACCGCAAGCUCUACCACCAAGACUGCUUCAAGCACCUCUACCCCUAACAAUGUUGCUGAGAACUCUGGUGUGCGCAGCACUGGGCUUGGAGCUAUUGCUGUCGUUGCUAUUGCGGGUUUAGCUGUAGCUGGAGCUAACUAG